AAACGGAAACGAACGUCGCUAGCACGCAUGCGCCCGCGCCCGUCGGCAAGUGGAGACACAAGCUCGUCGCCGUCAUCGUCGUCGUCGUCGGAAUCGUUGUCGGUGGCCGUCACUCUCGCCAGCAAGCAAACCAAGGGUGGCUUUACCGUUGGUGACUUUCGCGUGAUUUUUCGGCGGUGCCGCGCGCCGUUAUUUGUUCUGUGUGUGUUGUUAUCCCCUCCGUGCUGAGUGAUAAUUUCCUCAUCCCCCUCCACAUACACGCACACACCCUUCUGCCGGGUUGUAGGUGUGUUCUCACGUGCGUAUGUGUGUGUGUGUGUGCUAUCAAUUGUGAAAAGAGUGUGAUUGUGCAGGGCGUUUUUUCUUGUGUGCGCUCCUGCUUUUCGUGCCCUUCGGUUCAAAGAUAACGCGUGUGAUUUCGGUGCCGUUUUGUUUUUGUCUACCUGAAAGGCUACCCCGCAGUCGAGCGGGGUGAGUAGUGGUGUGUGGGUUUUCCACUCCUUUUCGCGUCAAGUGUCACGUCCAACAUACUUCGCUGUGUUUAGUGUGAUCGAAGGAAAAGGCUCCGCUGAUAACAGGAUCGCAAGAAGAAGGAAAAAUCAAUCGAACGCAACCCGUCCUUCGAGUAUGUGUGUGCGUUCUGUUGCUCAUGCCUCUGUGCGUAUAAGUGUGUGAAUAUUUGAUCCAGUUUUUCCAACGCAAAGCAGGGAGACGAGUCUUAGUACACGACCGCCUCCAAGGUAAACUGUGGCCGUGGUUUGAGAAAAGGCAGUCACUUUAAAUGUCAAACGUUUUUCAUCAGCACCGUCUGCGAGUGACAUUGAUUGGCAACAAUGUCCUUCCAGCAUCCUGAGUCAUUUGCACGCGUCACUGAAGGGCGGCUUUUCUUCGACGGUUGCUUUGAUUGCCACCUAAAGAAGACGGAUUUUCUGAAUCAGUGGAAUUAAUGUUUGGUGAAAAUUAAUCGAAAGGUUGUGGAACAAAACAAAAUGUGUGUGUAAAUCGUGCAUAGAGUGAAAAAUUCCUGAAAAAAGAGUCCCAGUAAAGUGUGAUGCAACUCCAGUUGAAACCGUUCCCUAUUAAUGCGAUGCAAAGCUAGCAUUCGGUAGCCAGCGCAACCGCUCCAAGGACUGCUGCGUGAAAUUGGCCACGAAACUGUCAACCACACAGUUCGCAACCGUUUGCCGUCCGUACGGUAGCGCUGCCAACAGACCGAACCUGCUGGAACCGGCUGGUGGCGUUGGUGUUGCUGGUGGGCAGCCCGUUCCGGUGCGGAACCGUUUCGUGAACACGUGCGACACGGUGGCUACGGUGACGCUGCACACGGCAGAACACGGGGUGCCCGGUGCGAGGACCCCGCUCGGUGUAGUACCGGUCAACAGCAUCCACCAGCCACCGAUCUCUCACAUGGGCGUGUGCGCGGAGGAGCGCCCCAUAAUGCAUUGGCACCCAAGUGCUCGGUUUCUGGGGCCGCCGCGAGAGCGCAGCCCGGACCUGUCGAACGCCUGCCAGCUCAACAGCAACAACAACAACCUCAACCAUCGGACCUGCAUCUCCUGCACGGACACGUGCGAGCACAGCCUGAAGGUGGCCGGCGGCAACGGUUUGCUGGGUGUCAACCAUCAUCUCUACGCGGACAGCUGCCACAGUUUCGAGUCACCCGAUCGGUUGAUAGCGGACAGACCAAAUUACUAUGCCGAUCUCAACCGGAGCGACUGCUCGGACAGCUCCAGCGUGCUGAAUAGCUGCAUCCAGCUCAAAUCGGAACCACCGGGCGGUCCGAGCAGUCCGGAAUCUUCCAACGAGUUACCGUCGACCGGGCUGGACGAGUGUGCGGGCUGUGAUAUGCCGAUUCAGGAUCGCUUCUACCUGUCAGCUGUGGAGCGCAAGUGGCACGCUAGCUGUCUACAAUGUUGCAUCUGCCGGCAAACCCUCGAAGGUGCCAAUUCCUGCUUUUCACGCGACGGCAAUAUCUACUGCAAAACGGAUUACUACAGGGUAUUCGGUUCGCGACGGUGCUCCAAGUGUUUGGCGUCGAUCAGCUCCUCCGAGCUGGUGAUGCGCGCCCGGCAUCUGGUAUUCCACAUACGAUGCUUCUCCUGCGCCGUCUGCAACACGCCGCUGAACAAGGGCGACCACUACACGAUACGGGACUCGGCCGUCUUCUGUCGAUCACACAUUGAGCUACCGCUGGAGGCGGCCACCACCCCGGGGCUACCGGGGAUGCCGAUGCAGUGUCCUUACCAGAGCCAGUACGGUACCUCGCCGGUCGCCCCGCUCAGCCCGAGCGACUCGACGACGAGCGGCGGCAAGCUGAACCCGGCCACCUACUACCCACCGCACGGCGUCACCGGGCUGCCGCAGCAGCCGCGCCAGAAGGGCCGGCCCCGGAAGCGGAAGCCCAAAGACAUCGAAGCCAUGACGGCUAGCCUCGACCUGAACACCGAGUAUCUGGACCUGGGAUUUAGCCGGGGGCUCGGUUCCUCGUCCCGGGCCAAACGGAUGCGGACGUCCUUCAAGCACCAUCAGCUCCGCACGAUGAAGUCCUACUUCGCCAUCAACCACAAUCCGGACGCGAAGGACCUGAAGCAGCUGUCCCAGAAGACGGGACUGCCGAAGCGUGUGCUACAGGUUUGGUUCCAGAACGCACGCGCAAAAUGGCGCCGAAUGAUGAUGAAGCAGGAGGGCAAAAUCAUCGACUCGGACAAGGGCGACGGUUCGCUCGACCUGGACGGGUACGUUUCGCACAGCCCCGGUUCCUACAUUAUGGGCGGCCCCGGCAGCCCCUCGUCGCUCGACUAGCAACACACGCAGUCGAGAAUGCAGUGGCAAGUGCAUCUUCGGCGCUGGAUACGACGGCUGCUGGCGGGUGAAGCAGCGCCGGCGGCCGGUGGUCCCGUCGACCAAAACGACGAUACCGCACCGCCGGUGGGUGCGGCGAAAGCUCCGUGAGUGAUUGUGCGAGCGUGCGAUUGGGGAAGGGGGGGGGGGAGAGGAGGGCUGUUGUGAUCCGAGACCGGGGACGGGGAAAGUUUUGGGAAAGUUGCUGUGCAGUGAGGGUGAGAGAAUAAGAGAAGUAACACAAAAAACAGGUGCGUUAAAGGGCAGAGAGUGAUUAACAUCAGGUGCAAGCAGGCAGCAAGCGCAAAAACGGAUAAGGAACACCCAAUCAAGCGAUAAAAACCAAUGGAAAAUUAGUUGUUUUUUUGUGGCAACAUGCGUGAACGAGUGAAUGUGCGUGUGUGCGUUUGUGAUUUGUUGAUGAAAUAAGCUAAAAUGGAGAUGAAAAUGUAAACUAACUUCCCCAACUAACUUCUCUCCCCAGACACCAAAGGGGGAGUUCCUGUGUGUGUGUGUGUUCGUGUGCGCUUCCCGGUGACUGCCCACGGUCAUGUCAUGCGGUAACACAAUGAUGUUAUUAUAUUCAAAUUUUCGGUCGCUUUUUUUUAAUGCUCGUGUGCGUGUUGUUCUCUCUCUCUUUCCUUCAUUUCGAUUAUCCGGCCUGAUGGGCACAGCACCAAAAAAAAAAAACAAACUAUGCCCUGGAAAUGAGGGGAUCGUAAGAGAAAGAGUGAGAGAGAGAGGGAAAAUAUGUUGCAAGCAAAGGGAAUGGGGCGUGCGCCCAACCAGCAAAGGCAUAUACAAAAAGGCCCAACUUACACCGCCCCGGACAUGCAAUGAAUGCAAUCGAAAGAGCAAGCAUGUCACGCAUUUGCCUUUGUAGCGGAUUCGAUUCUUCCGCCCGCUUCCCCUCAACCGUCAGCAUUCCUGUGCGCUCUGAUGGGUGGGGGGGGGAUGGGGAUGAAAGCUUUCGGCACCGGCCAAAGACAUGGUUGCUAUGUGCGUUUGCUCCAUACCACACUCCCCAUGCCAACCAGUGCCAGUAGGCGGGUACUGGCGUGAUGGAAAAAUCUCACCGCAACGAAACGGCUCGGCAAAAACAGCAACAACAGUCCAGCAUGCAGGAAGCGCAAUAGUGAGCAAAGAAAAAAAAACUUGUAGUGCAAGCAAUAAAAAAAAGAGGAUAAACCGCAGAAAAAAUGAACAUAAACGCCCAGUACGAAAAAGCAGAGCGAGAGAGUUGAAGUAGUGAAGAGAAAGGGAUAAAACGUAAAACAUAAACGAAACUUGUGUGUUUGCAAGAAGAAGAAGCAAAAGCAGAGAAGAAAAGAGAAGAAGCAAUAAUAUUAACAGCAAAAACAAGCACGAACAAAAAAAAAAGACAGCCGCUCAUACAGUGCCACAUACACGUGGAGAGAUGUGAAGGACAAGAUAUAGAACAAGAGAAGAGGCAAAAGAACAGAGCAAUGAGAACGGAAGAAAGAAGACAAAACAAAAAAAGCGAGUACAUUUUUAUAAAACCAACGAAUCCACAACGAAUAGAUGACUGCAGUUGAUGGGCUUCGACGAGAGGAAGGCAAACUGUUUGAAAAACGCGUAGAAAAGAGAAAAGAAGCGAAAAGAACACACAGAAUAACAUACACACACACGGAGUGAAGGGGUAAAAAAUGGCGGUCUAGUAUAACCUGGCUAGCUAAAACAUCAUCAUAAACACAGACAAACACACACACACAAACACAUACGGUUGAUCGCGUAUGGAAGAGAUUCUUAAUAAUAAUGUAUGCACAUAUGAUUACGCCUUACAGGCGGCAGCAUAGUUGUGGUAUGAUUUUUCUCAUGUUUUUCAACCGUUCAAACAAAACCGUGUCUUUUUUGUAUGUUGAUCUAUCGUCUUCUGGUCAACUGGCCUCCCGUGCUGCUAUUUGAACGGCCAUUUUUUUCGCUGGUUUGGUUGCCUCUUCGCGUAAGAACCGGUGAGCUUUCCAUGUUAAAGCUGCGUUGGGUGAAGCUUGUGUAUCUCCCAAAGGGGAUAAUCUCCAUUCGUUUGGUGACAUUGCUCAUUGAUUUGAAUCGAAGUUGAUUGAUCAAUCUCCCUGCUCUGGGGCGCAACAACGAACGAUUGUAUCCGGCGUGUACUCUCGUCCCCUUCUCGAUCAGGCUGGAGACGCUCAUGAAUUGCAAAUCCCGUUUGCCCAGUCCCAGGAUAAUCCUCAAAACCACACACACACACAUACAAAGACGCAUCGUAUCCCCACAAUGGAUUGUAAUUCCUUUUCUGUUUGUGGCGUUGUCCACUGCGUAUCCUUCGGUUGGUCUGCGUAUCUUUGCUGCAAUAAAUUCAAUUCAGCGCGUACACGGAACGGCAAUCACCUUUCUGGGUUUCUGGUCAUUCUUUUGCGGGGUGGACCUGCUGCCUGCUGCUUGUCUUGUUAGCGGAAACGUUGACCCAUUCGCUCGGUGCUGAUUUCCAUUGAAUGGACGCAUUAAAUUUAAUCGUACCGGCUCUUGUCGAUCGAUUGGGAUUGAGUUUUUUUCUCUUUCAAACAUCGAGAAAGCUCACGUUGCAAGCAUCUAAAAGUUAUCAAUCUUCAAACCAAAUUCUCCCCAAAAAAAAACCUACUUCCUCGGGCCAGUCUGGCACGGCGCCCGUCUCAAGCGUGAGACAAAUGUAAAAUUUAUGAAACAAAAUGGAGCGAAAAUACUCAAACUGUAGGGUACUACACUAGGUAGUUCAUAAAUUAUGACGUAACGUGGAGAACACAGCAGAAUUUGGUGUUUUUCCUUCAUCUUUUAGCCACGCAUCUGUUUCUCGUGGGACGUCACGGGGAACACGGAACUCAGCAUGAGGAGUGAGUUAGGAUAAUUACGAUCGUUACGCUGCCGCCAGCUGGUAGUGGCGCCCUUUCUUCCGGGGGGCGCGGCAAAGAAAGGUGAAAGUAAAUACAUGUCCGCUCCUCGAACCGACGCUCAAAACCGAUGCUCAAAUAAAUAGGAAGAAAGCAAAAAAAACAAACGGAACAAAUUUCAAAAAGGCAAAAUGCCGGGAUGUGUAGCACUAGAAGUAAGUAGUCUUUGCCGUGGUUGUUGGAGGAAUCUCAGACCCCUCAGACCAGCGCACGCGGCGGCAGACACUGUACAGACACUUGAUAGCGAGUAAGCUUAGAACGUUAGUUGUCUUUACCUUUCUUUUUUUUCCUUUUUCCCCGCUUAACAGAGGAAAUAGUGGAAUAGAAAAAAACGUGUUGUAACAAUGCGAGCGAGAGACACCAUUUUCGAUAGCAUCCUUAGAAGCAACGGAGCGAGGGGAAAGUUCUUAUUUAUAUCAAAACAAACGAAAAACGUAGAUUUAGACAUUUUUAGGUAGUAACUAUCUUUAAGGAGCGUGUACGUGUGUGUAUGUUUGUUUGGGGGGUAAAAAAACAAUCGUUUAACUAGUGAUGUAGGCAAAAGGUAUGGAAAUAAUUUUUCCCUCUUCUCAAGCUACGAACCUUCGGGAAGAUGAAGUGAAAACAUAUGGAAGUAAAAUUGGGAAGCGUAAAAAAACCCAUUUCUUGCAGCUUGGUAGAAUGAACGGACAAAUAAAAAAGAGAGAAAACAGGAUAAAUUAAAACA